ACUACCAACACAUCUGUAUACCACAAACUCAUCGCGGCUCUUCCAACACCUGCGAACCACGAACACCAUAAUAAUUUUCAAGACCACGAAACGCCAGAAUCCAAUCAAAAUGAACAACCACCCAACCUUCACCCCCUCAACUCCCACACCCCUAGAAUACUCCCUCUUCUCCCCCUCCAAAGCAGCAGAACAACAACGCCUACAAGAAGACUGGACCUACAUCCACUCUUUCCUACGUCAAAUAUACCCACCACCAGCCAAAGUCCCAAAAUUUGAAGAGAACGAAGAGACAUUAAAGGCACUUUUGGCAUUAGCCAAUGCUAAUGAAAAGGCUGAUGAAGGAUGGAGUGUUUUUUGCGCGGUUGAGAGAUUAGGAGUUGAGGAAUUGGAAAGAGAGGAAGAGACACAAACCCUAACAAAAGAUCGUAACACAUCCAUCCUCACCACCCUCCACACCUCCCUCUCAAACUCCGUCUCCUUGAACCUAACCUCCCACGCAAAAACCGCUGUCAUUUUAAACAGUACCGCUACAUCUCCAACCACCCUAGCAACCUCCAUCCUAACCCUCUCUUCAAACAUCUCAUCCCUCCAGCACCAACUCUCUACCCUGGAAACCCUAACAACCACCCUAACACUCCAAACCUGCUUCCUUGACUCCGAACUCAAAACCCUUACCUCUCCAUCCUUCAAAGCAGAAAAAUCCCUCCCACAAAAGACAUUAGAAACACUUCGACAAACCAAACUCUUGAAAGCGAAAAUUGGCGAAUAUGAUCAAAGGUUGUUGCGGAAUUCUUCAUCUAGUAGUAUUCCAGAAGCUUUGUUGUCUUCUGUGGAAAGUGCGAGAGCAGAGGUGGAGAGGUUGCAGAAAAGGGUGCGAGGAGUGGAAGAUGGGAUUUCUGUGUACGAGGGUGUGGCGCCAGAGCCGAGGGAGGUGAGGAGGCAGAUGCAAGAAUUACGACGGGAACUCGAGGGUUGGGUAGAACGGCGAGAUGAGUUAUUCGAGAGCAUGGUUGCUGGUAGACGAUAAAUUGACUUGAUCGUAAUUCGUAAACAUCGGCU